ACAAGAGCUCUGUUGGGAAGUUGAGUUGGGUUGCUAGGCAACGCGGAGAGUAUCAUCCAGCCUUGUUACAUCGCAACCUUGGUUUUCCUUCCGAUGGAUUCAGAUGCAAUUCCGUCUCGGAUAGACUCACAGCGGGGGAGUAACAUCCUUUUGUCGCAUCCCUGACAUCCUGCUGAUUUCCCCUCAACAACUAACUCUCUCGUGAGAAAAAGAAAUAGCUGUUUUCUUUUAUUGCGUCUGGCAUUAAAGGAAAGCUUUUCGAAGGAAUUCCGAAUAGUUUGUAGCAAUGAGUAAUUGUCUCUUUCUGUUUUAAAUUCAAAUGUGCUUAGUUAAACGAGCUGGCGAUAAAGCAAUCCUGUAAGGGAUACCGUGAAGAAAAAUUAGCGGAUACAGUAGGGAAGCGGUGAAAUGUCCGAUUUGGUGUACAGUGUUCGGGUGAUGCAGAGGGAAGAUGUCCCGGAGGCUCUGGAUGUGUGGAGAGAAACACAACUCCAAGAAGGUACUCAGUGCCUCUAUACAUGGAUGGGAGUGGACCCAGAGGCUUUUCAAGUGGCUGUCACAGAAUCAGGUGAAGUGAUUGGUGUGUGUGGUGGUGUUAUCCACCAUGAAGACUUGGCCUUUGUUGGUAUAUAUGCUGUGCGAGAAAAAUAUCGUGGAAGUGGAAUUGGAUAUAAGGUAUGGAAUGCUUGCAUGGAACACAUCGGUUCGAGAAAUGCCUGUUUGAAUGCUGUUCCUGAAAAAUUCGAACUUUAUCGAGACCGAGGUGGUUUUCCGCUUGUCGAAACAGAAUGGACCUGCGUUGUGAACGAGACUAGUGGGAAUGAAACAGUUAAUCCAGAAGUUCUCUCCGAUGUCGUCCCCAAGGGAGUUGACAUCCACCCAUUUGACGAAUCUCUCUUACCUUUCAUAUAUGACUAUGACUAUUCACUCAUAGGAUACAAAAGAAACGUGGCUGUCGAACUCAGCUGUAAAGAGAAAGAUAGCCGAACGCUUGUGGCUAUGAAAGAAGGCGCUUGUGUCGGUUGGGGGACUAUCAAGUUGAGUUGCCAGAAUGUAGGGCUGAUCGGACCGUUGUACGCGGACGAAGCAGAUGUGGCUGAGGUGAUGCUCAGGCGACUCAUAAGUGACUUUCCGCUUAGUAAAGGUUUCUCUAUGAUGACCAUAUCUAGCAAUACAGCAGCGAAUCAGAUGGUAAAGAAAUUAUGUGUACCCACUCUGGAGGAAUGUCCUCGACUCUACAGAAAACAUAAACUGAAAGUAGAUGUGAAUAAAGUGUUUGGACACUUUGAUCUAAAUUUUUCGCCAUUUUGAAUCUGAGACCAAGUUCCAAAGUGAAAUUUGCAGGACUUAAGAAGAAUGUGUACCCUCUCUGGAGGAAUGUCCCAAAUUCAACAGAAAACAAACUUAAAGUAGAUAUGAAUGAAGUGUUUGGACACUUUGAUCUAAAUUUUUCGCCAUUUUGAAUCUGAGAGUUAAGUUCCGAAGUGAAAGUUGCGCAAGAGAUGCCUCUGCAAGAAAUUGCAAGAGAUGCUUCUGUCAUUUUGUAAAAGUAUUUCAUUGUUCAGAAAAAAACUUUAUAAGACUGGCAAUUGAAAAAAUAUUUGACAAAACGGCCAUAGUUGCUGGAUUUUCUAAGCAACCGAAAUAUUCGAAAAGUUUUAUCUUUGCAAAAAGACUGAGAAGACUCACUCUAUGUGAAUAUAAACUAUCUUCGAUUCUGAAACGAUAUCUGGUAACAUAUCAAUUUUGAAUGCAGCAUAUUGGAAAUAAUUAUCAUUGUGCCGCGAUGAACUGGAAUAAUUGAAGAGUUUACAAUGAAAAACUGACGACAGAAAAGAAGUUGCAUUUUUUCAAUUUUGAGUUUAGAAACAUAAUAUGAUUAGCUAUAUGUAUAGAACUGAAUUUGUUAACUACAUAUCAUUAAAUUAAAUGGUUUUAAACGAAAAAAA